AUGGGCAGGGGACAAGGGCAGAUCGGCUUUGCCAUCUCCAGACGUCUGGCCCAGGACGGAGCCCACGUGGUGGUCAGCAGCCGGAAGCAGCAGAACGUGGACCGGGCAGUGGCAGAGCUGCAGGGGGAGGGGCUGAGCGUGUCAGGCACAGUGUGCCACGUGGGGAAGGCUGAGGACCGGGAGCGGCUGGCGGCCUUGGCCCUGAGACACUGCGGGGUUGUUGACAUCCUGGUGUGUGUGGCAGGGGUCAAUCCCUACGUGGGAAGUACCAUGGGCAGCAGUGAGCAGGUCUGGGACAAGAUCCUGAAUGUCAAUGUGAAGGCCCCAGCCCUGCUGCUGAGCCAGCUGCUGCCCUACAUGGAGAACAGGGAGGGAAGCUCUGUGAUUCUGGUUUCCUCAGUUGGGGCAUACAUCCCAGAGGCUAAACUAGGGGCUUACAAUGUCAGUAAAACAGCCAUUCUAGGACUCACCAAGACCCUGGCAGUGGAGCUGGCACCAAAGAAUAUCCGGGUGAACUGCCUGGUGCCAGGAAUCAUUGACACAGCCUUCAGCCAAGUGCUUUUCAAGGGUAAAGGCAUUCGGGAGCAUGUUCAGGGUCUCUAUGGAAUACAGAGAGUGGGUCAGCCUAAGGACUGUUCGGGACUGGUGUCCUUCCUGUGUUCUCCAGAUGCCAGCUAUAUCACUGGUGAGAGCAUUGUGGUGGCCGGCUUCUCACCCCGCCUCUGAGGAACAUGAGCUCAGAGCUCAGGCUGGUCUCUCAUUGUAGAAGGUCCCUGAGACUCUGGGGCCAUCUGUUGGGACAACUCUAUAAAUGAUGAUCCUGUGCUUCAAAUACACACUUUAAGUUCAAUGUAAUCAGAGUGUGAAACAAUAAAGAACAUCAGAAAAGA